AAAAAAAAUAGAUAGUUUAAGAUGUAAAAAAAAAUAUUUACUUAAUGAAUAUAAUAUGAACGAAUAUUACAAAUACAUCAUUUAAUAAAAUAAAUAAUUAAAAACUGAAAAUUCAUACCUGCGCUAAUUUAUAGUUGUUAUUAAGAAAGCUGAUCAAAUUGCUAACCAAGUAUUUGUAUUUUAAGAAAAAUCAACUCUGAAGACUUGAAAAAGUCAACAGUUUUGGCGUAUGUUUACACCCACACGUCUGUCUCGCUUACCAACACGUCUCUCUCGCUCAUGCUGGUAAUUUCAUGAUUUUAUUCAGCUUCGGAGAAACUUCUUCGAGACUUUUAAAUGUUUUUCAGCUUUACCAUCAUUAUUAUUCGUAUCCGUUACAUGUUUCCUCAGACGGCUUUGCCGAUUCAACUUGCUCAAUAUUGUGUUCUGUCUUCUCCUUUGUACGAAUUCCUCCGGUGCAGUUAACACAAUCCAAACCCCAUAAAUCAAAGAAAUAAAUUAUGAACCCUCGAGCAAUCAUCCGAUUCUCAAAACCCACUUUUUAUCAGGUUAUAUUCUGCAUCUUCUCUUUAUUGUACUACCUUCCUUGUGCUUCAAGUCAGGAAGAACUUGGGUGGUGUGGAGAUAUGUUUCAGUGUGGGAACAUAACCGCUGGUUUUCCUUUUUGGGGUGGGAAACGUCCUGAUUAUUGCGGUCAUACAUUGCUGGAGCUUCACUGCAAUAACAACAACAAUACAUCUUUAAACAUCUCAGACCAAGAGUACUGUGUUCUUGAUGUAGAUCAAACAUACACUCUUACACUUGCCAGAACAGACAUGCUAGGCUCUUUUUGUUCUGCUAAAUUUAAAAACACAACCUUGCCUACCGAUAUCCUUGACCUCUCACUAAAUGCCAAGAACCUCACAGUUUCUUACCUCUGCGAUCCUCGUAAUCCUUACCUUUCAUCAAAUUUUACAUGUCCUUUAAAGGGUAUUGGGUCAGUGUCUCUGAGACCUGAGACACAGUCUUCCUGCAAUGAGAGUUUCGCAGUGAAUGUUCCGAUGAAUUUCUUUCCAGAAGAGAGAGAGUUUAAUUUGAAUCAGUUGGAAAGUGUUCUAAGAGGAGGGUUCGAGGUGAAAGUGGAGAUAGAUGAGAUAACUUGUCAAGAAUGUUCGUCCUCUGGUGGAAUCUGCAGCUUCAGUGGUACCACACAAGUUUGCUGCAAGACAAACUCAACGUCAGGAAUCACCUGCGAACCAAAGCCUCAACCAAGUUCUGCUGAUCUUUACCACCGCUGUAGUACCCGGUUUAUCUGUGGAGAUCAGGUUGGUCUCUUAUACCCUUUCUGGAUUCCUGGCAGAGAAGAAUGUGGUCACCCUGACUUCAAGCUCACCUGUGACAGAGGAUUUUCAGAGAUUAAUAUCGCCUCUGUGAAGUUCAGAAUCUUAGAGGCAAACUACACAACUCGUAUCAUAAGACUUGCCAGAUCUGAUUAUAUCGGCCACCUUUGUCCCCAAGAUCCUACAAAUGCGCCAUUCAACGAAAACAUCCUUCAAUUCUCACCUAACACCGACCUGCUAACACUUUACUAUGACUGCCGAGACUUUUCAUUCUCAACGCCUGCUUAUGAUCCUACUUACUUCAGAGAGCUUGGUUGUGAUGAUGAACUCGGAAGAAGUUACUAUGUGACGAGAAACCUCUCGUCCCCUUUACUUGACGGAGUUAGAGAUCUUUUAAAUAUCCUCAAGGUACUGUGCUUAACAAUCGUCAGCAUUCCUGCGUCCGGACCUGCGUUGAGCACACUACAGAGAUUUCAGACUUCAGAUAAUCUUAAGAAGGCGCUUGAAGAGGGUUUCGAGCUUGGAGUUAACCAAGAAUGUUCCAUGUGCAUGGAAUCUGGGGGUGGUUGUGGAUAUAAUCAAACCACAAGAGGGUUCGUCUGUUACUGUAACAAUGGGCCUCAUAGCCGUACUUGCAGUUCCGGAAAGCCUCAUGGUACUAUUACAAAAAUUCUAAUAGGUCUGAGUGUACUAGUAGCGGGUGUUCUUGUGCUCUUGGUAAUACUCAUACCAAUUCUCCGAAAGAGAAAAGCAUCACAUGACAACAGAAAACAGAAUCUAAAGACCCUUAUUCCACUGAAACACUAUAGUUACGCACAAGUCAAACGAAUUACAAACUCAUUUGCGGAAGUGGUUGGGGAAGGAGGGUUUGGAACGGUCUAUAGAGGAAGUCUUUCUGAUGGUAGUAUGGUUGCGGUGAAGGUCCUGAAAGACUCUAAGUGUAAUGGUGAAGACUUUGUUAACGAAGUUGUGAGCAUGAGCAGAACUUCUCAUGUUAACAUUGUUUCUCUGCUUGGAUUCUGCUCCGAAGGUUCCAAGAGAGCAAUUGUUUAUGAACUUUUGGAAAACGGGUCUCUUGAUAGGUUCAUCUCAACCAACAACUCAAUGAGCAUUGAUUGGAUGGCAAUGCAUGGAAUCGCGCUAGGCGUUGCUCGUGGUCUAGAGUACUUGCACCAUGGCUGCAAAACAAGGAUCGUGCAUUUCGAUAUUAAACCUCAGAACGUAUUGUUGGAUGAUGAUCUUUGUCCCAAAGUGUCUGAUUUCGGACUUGCUAAACUCUGCAAGAAGAAAGAGAGCACCAUGUCACUACUAGACUUGAGAGGGACGAUAGGCUACAUCGCACCAGAGAUGAUCUCUAGAGUUUAUGGGAGUGUUUCCCACAAGUCGGAUGUAUACAGCUAUGGAAUGUUAGUCCUCGAAAUGAUAGGAGCAAGGAACAAAACAUCCGCAGAAAACUAUGCAUCGGACACAAGCUCGAUGUACUUUCCAGAAUGGAUCUAUAAGGAUCUUGAGAAGGGAGACGAUGAAAGGCUUGUUGGUAACGGAAUCAGCAACGAGGAAGAGGAGAUAGCAAAGAAGAUGACAUUGGUGGGUUUGUGGUGUAUUCAGUCUUCUCCAUCAGACCGCCCACCAAUGAACAGAGUUGUGGAGAUGAUGGAAGGAAAUCUUGAUUCUCUUGAAGUCCCUCCUAAGCCUGUUUGGCAAAUUCCUACAGUGCCUCUUCCUGAAACUUCUUGGAUUUCAGAGGAGAGUUCAAGCAUCACUAAUUGAAAACCAGAACAAACAAAAUGCUUCCAGUGAAUUGUAAGCAAAACCAGAGAGAUUAUAACCAGCAGUUCUAUUUUUGCAAGUUCUAUGGUCUCUACCAUUCUAAAGUCGUUAGCAAACUCUUCUAUAAGUUAGCUAUGGAGCAGACUCUUCAUCACAUACUAUUCUCAGGGCCGGCUUAGUAUACAGAGCAGUCAGUGCAUCUAGUAUAUAAACACAUGUUCAUAGGUAAGAUUUGGAUUAAUUGAGUUUUUUCUUGUUUAAUGAAAAUUAUUUUAUGGAUUUCUUUUGUGAUUCAUAUUUUUAGUGUUAUCUAUUGGGUUUGUCUAUAACUUAGUUUUUUAUUAAGCUUAGUGGUGGGGUCUACCAUAAAAGAGGAAGAAGGAAUGUCAAAAACGCCAGAUUAAGUAUCGAUGUUUGCACGGUUUCGCGAGCCCUACUAACACUUGGCGGCUCACGAUUGGUUCGUUUUUAAUGCGCUGAUUUUCACCGGUUGAUUUUGACCAGUUGACCAUUACUUUUUGAAUAUUCUUUCUUAUCUAAGACUUCAUAAAUUCGUCAAAUAUGUGUAUCUUUGAAUUGCAUUUGCCAAUAGCAUAAUUAAGGUCUUUCGUACCAGCUAUUUUAUUUGGGUUUUCGGCAAAAAAAACCUCGAACAUGAUUUUUUUUUUUGCGUUUAAACCGUCAAACUUAAAAACUCACAUGUCUUUGUGGUUUGAUCUGUGGGUUUUUAAGUUUGCGGUUUAAUACGAAAAAAAUCAUGAUCGAUGGUUUUUUUCGCAGAAAACCCAUUUUAUUUUCCAUGAUCAUAUCUUUUGUAUUUUAGCUUUCUCUUAAACUACGCAGAGUAUUUAACCGAAUGAGUAACGCAAUCGAAAAGUAAAUAAUAAUCGCUUGACGAAUUAAUAACGGAGGAUAUUUUGGGUCCCACAUACCCAAAAUUAAGACCGUUACAAAAGUCAAAAACGAUAAAGGGUAAAAGCGUCCACACAUCAAAAUGUUUGUAAGGGUCUCAUCUCUUUCAAUCAGACCGUUACGAACGAAAAGAAAAGAAGCAAUAAGCUUUGCGAGAAGACGACAUAGUGCCAAAAAAAAAACAAAAACCUUGAAUCAAGAUUUUGAUCCAUCCAUAAUGGAGGAUACGAUUUCAAACCCUAGUAUGGAACCUCUGUUAUUCUCCGUCGAUCCGAUGUCUCUCUUCCUUACUCAAAACAAUCUCUGCGGAUUCGAGAGAGGACCCAGAUACAGAGAAUACGCGACACUGCGAGAAGCGAAGCUUCGACUGAAGCGAGAGUACGAGAAGAUACUCAAGGAAGAAGAAGAGAGGUUCUUCCGCGGAGGCAAGAAACAAACGAGAAUCGGCUUUACAAGACAAGAUGAAAUCAAAGUUUCGCCGGCGAAGAAGAGAUUUGGGUUUAACUAUGUUCCGGCGAACCCUAAUCCGCGUAGAAUGUCGUCGUCGUCGUCUUCACUGGCUCAAUCGGUUCCUGAUUUCUCCGCCAUGAUCCGCAAGGAAAAUCGCCGUCCGGCUAACUCGAACUUGCUCCCACGGAGGACGGAUCUCACUCCGCCGCCGCCGUCUAAGAGCAGAACCGCCUCUGUUUUCUCCGGAUCGGUUUCUUCCAUUAGAGGAAGCAUAUCGACGAGUGCGGGAGAGAAGAAAAGCAAAGGGAUCAUCAAUGCGCGUAAGAGCUACGCCACCGUCGAAGAUCUGAAGAAAAUUUCCACCGCCGUAGCUUCAGCCAUUAAUGGCGGUGGAAGGAAGUCACUCGGCGGAGGAGGAGGAGGAGGGAGGAGGAAAUCAGUCAGCGGUGGUGGUGGUGGUCGGACUAUUCUAGGUUACAGACAAACUUAAUGUCUAAUCGAACACGAUUUGAUUUGUUUUUAGGUUUUGAUUGAUAAAGAUUGAAUCGUUUGUUUUUAUUAUGAUUUGGUUUGUUGAUUUGUGAUACUAUUCUAACAAUAAGCAUUGAUCAUAUGAUUCAAAUGGUUUAA